AUGAAACCCCCCGUCUCGUUGACCUGUCGGUCACCUGUCGUUCCAUCGAAAAAUGCCCUCCGAGCUCUGCGUCGACUGGCCUUGUCACCUUCUGUCCUGGUCGUCAGCACCAUAGGCAGUGUCUGCGGCGUAGCGACCCUCAAUCAUGAAGUCAACCGGAGGGUCCGCCUGGCGGAACAAGCUCUCGAGUCAAAGAGGAUUAUCAGGUCCCUUUCGCAUGGAAGAGGUGCUGCUCAACUGAACAAUAUGAUUGAGGCGGCGGAGAGAGGCGAUGACUUUACAUUAGGCACGAGGGGCACUAGGAGGAAGAGGAAGAAGACGAGCACGACACGAUCAUUUUCGGCUGUCGCUCUUCAAGAGCCAUUUGAGCAUACCCACGACGACAUUCCAGAGGAACCUCCUGUCCAGCUUGAGCGCCCGCACGUACACUUCUUCCGCAAGAUCGACCCUGGCAGAUCGACUCCCCGAGCUGACCGGCCUUCGCCACCGAGAUCGACGUCCACGAAGGGCGUGCACAGCUUGACCUUUGAGAGGAUUCUUCAGGCCAGCAGCACACCUCAUAAAGUGCCCCAUCAUCGAGCACUUGGCCAGCCCAAAGUCCAGCAACAAAUCGAAGUUGAUAAAGCCAAAAAGUUACUCCAGCAUUGGUUCCGGCCUUCUGACGAGGGUGAGGAUUUGGUGGUUCCGCAGCCACGUGCUGAAGCUAGAAAUUCGACCCCGGGCCGGCGGAUUAGGUACGUCGAGCCCAGAGACCGGAGUGGAGGAACUCCCAACGUGAGACACAUACAAAGACCUCCUUUAGACGCCAUACCCACACACAAGGACCAAUGUGCUCCGACCCCUGCACCUCUAGGCGCUUCACCUGAGCCGCCUCUACCACAAGAUAACGUCCGAACGGUAGAUACACCUGGUUGGGCAUCCAGCACUAGAAGUGAGGCCGAUCUGCAAGCGCCGGUUGUGGGAUUGCGGUCCAAAUCGUCGGAUCUUUCAGGAGCAAACGGCGUGGAGAGCCCGAGUCUGGCUCCACCGAAUCAUAACAUAAUGCACUCUCCAGGACCAACGGAAACGCACUUAUUUGGGUAUCUCGACAACGAUGAGACUAUGGAUCAGCAUCUUCGAAAAUGGAUCAAGAAAAUGCCACGUGUCGGAGCGCAAGCCAAUAUCGAGACAGAAUUAACACCAAUGCCGAAAGAAUUCGCCGACCACGCGAAAAACACUUUAACCGACGGGACAUUGGUCAGCCUGUACCGAUUCAUGCGAGAUGGGAAGACUGGGUCGGGACGUCUAUCGCAACAAAAAUGGCUAGCUGUCAUGAGGCAUUUGACCAGCCAGCAUAGUACUCUAAACUGGACGAUCGCGGAAGCCAUCUUCUACACAUACCGGGCCUCAUGUAGAAAUCCAAGGCAUCUCAACGUUCGACCCGUCUUCGCCCUGAUACAGCAUUUGCUAGCGACGGUUCCGUCUUCAAAACGGGUAGGGCAGAUUCUCUUUCCCAAUCCUUCGGUCAACAUGGUGGACGCAGCUGCGACCUUCGAGUUGCCAGUCCGGUAUCUGCAGUUUUACUGUGAGGGUCAGCACAGUACUCCCGACUGUGUACGGGAACUGGGUCAGAUUCUUGACGUUGCGAAACGCAGUGGACUGGUUCCCUCCAAGGACCUCGUCACACCUGUCUUAAGAGCUCUUGUCCGCGCGAGGGACGUGGACAGGGCGGAGACAAUGCUUGACGGACUUUCACCGGAGUUUGGGCCGACUGAGUCUCUGGCUCUUUUCGAGCAGUAUACCUUUCUCAAUGCAUGCGAAGGCAACUGGGCGGUCGUUGAAUCCAUGCUUGACAAGUUCCACACUCUGAACCGGUCCAGGAGCCUACCCAUUGAGUAUGGACGCUUUUUCGCAAGGCUCUUAUUGCAGCACAUCGCGAAGAAUCCGGCCGCUCGAUCAUUCCACUUUACCGUUCACGCCAUGAAAUACGCUGGCCUGGUACCGACGAAUCAUGUCUCUAGGACACUUAUUUGUGCCUUCGUUCGAGAUGGCCGCUACGACUUGGUUGUUGAAUGGUUACGCCUUCUCAAGGAGGCAUUUCCUAGAGUGAGCGCAGGCUUUGACCUUCUCCAAGGGGAAUGGUUACUCGCCAACACCCUGGCCGAGGUUGGCGCCAGCUGUGAAGAGAUAGCCAAAGUUUGCCAGACGGUCGCUCAUGGGCAUCGGAAGGAUCCAUUCGGCCCGGCCUUCAGGGAGUUCGCCGUGGACCUCGUCAAAGCAGAUUUGAGUCAGAGGUUAUGUGCUGUCUCGGCCCAUUUCCCAUCAGCUGAGGUCUCAGAGGGCGAAAUUCGCUCGAUGACGAUGGAUCAACUGCUGAAAUGUGCCUAUGACCUCCGUGCCACUCCGACGCCGACAAGCUCUAAUGCUGUGGUUGUCGAGAGCCUGAAGAACGACCUUGCCGUGCAGAUAUCUUCAAUCGUGGACCUGGCGAAAGUCUUUCGGGGCGAAAUGAAGAUAUUGUUCUUUGGCAUCAAGAGCCAACGGGAUUCGCCUUUACAAGAUCGACGCAGGGUCAGCCGGACCGCACAUUCGCGCGCGGUGGACGUCCUCCCGGAGAUCCACAGCCACGGGCGCCCACCAGGAAUAGGCAAAUUAACCACGGCCGUAGUACAGCACUACCAUCGACGUGAUAAAGAUGGAUUGCCGGUCGACCACUCGAUCCUCGACCACUUCAUCACAAGAUUCGGCCCAGAAUACCCGUCGGCAGUACUCGAGCUUGUCGAAGCCGUAUAUGCAAGCGAAUAUGUUCAAGCACGGCACGGCGCACCUUUCGACGCCGAGCUAUUCAAAAAAUGGCUAUACCUGGUCUCAACGGAUGGCUCUGCAGAGUCAGCCGCGACGGUCCUGUUGGCGGUUUCCGACUGUGCGGAUCGACUAGCGUGGACUGCGCACUUCCGAUGUUUGUGCGAGUUCGUCACUCAGCUCGGGAGAGUCGACAAUGAGACCCUCUGGGACGACAUGACGUUUCCCAAGAAGCCCGAACAGGGGCCUCUGCGGACUCGAUACGAGGAAAUCAAAAGGAGAUGGCUCGACCAGGAGAGCUGGAGGAAGGAGAGAUUUCGCUUCCCCGAGUGGAAGGGAUGGGAUAUCGACGGGAAAUAG